AUGGAGCAACUGACAGGCACAUGUCUGGCAAAACACUUGGUUUGUUUGGUGAUUGACGAGGCUCAUCGAGCAUCAGGAAAUUAUUCGUACUGUGUAGCAGUUCGUGAGCCUGCUGUCCAGAAUAUCAUUGAUAACUUACAGAUAUCAGCUCUUGAAUAUCGUAAUGAAAGUGAUCCUGAUGUCAGUCCAUAUGUUCAUGACAGAAAGAUUGAAUUAAUCGAGGUUGCAUUGGGGAAAGAUGCUGUUGAUAUUAACAAACGGCUAAUUGAAGUGAUACGUCCAUAUGUGGCAAGGCUUUCUACUCUUGGACUUCUCCUGAAUAGAGACUAUCAAACAUUAAGCCCUCCUGAUCUACUCAACUCGAGAGAUAAAUUUCGCCGAGCACCUCCUCCAGACCUUCCUGUGAACAGAUAUGGAGAAAUUGAAGGUUGUUUUGGAGGUCUUAUUACUCUUUACCACAUCCGUAAGCUCCUUUCAAGUCAUGGAAUAAGACCGGCAUAUGAGAUGCUGGAAGAAAAGCUGAAACAAGGGUCAUUUGCAAGACUGAUGAGUAAAAAUGAAGAUAUUAGGAAAGUGAAGCUUUUAAUGCUGCAAAGCUUGUCUCAUGGUGCGCCUAGUCCCAAAUUGUCAAAAUUGUUGGAAGUACUAGUUGACCAUUUCAGUGAGGACAUAAUGAACACAUUAGCAAGCAUCGGAGAUCUGGUAAAAGCAACUGAAUUUAUUGGUCAAAGUUCAGGGUCUGAGUUGAAGGGUUACAAGCGAAAGAAAGCUAACAGCAGGGCAAUAAGCAAGCACAUGCAUAAUGGGGGGAUAAAUAGCUUCAGUUUCCAUUCUAGCCCAAGAAUGAUUCCUCAUGUUUAUAAACCAGAAGUCCAAUUUGUUGAGCUGUCAAUUGAACAAUAUGUCCCUCAUGGAAGGAAAGUGAAGGAUGAUAAUACCAUUCAGACACCAGUUUUCACAGAAAAUCUAACUGUUGCAGAGACUGCUUUACUUGCCAAGUAUUUCCACCCUGGAAAUUCCUGGGCACCAUCUCUCAUUGCCUUUCCUCAUUUCCAGUCAUUUCCAUCGAGAGUGCACAAAGUAAUGCACUCUUACCGAACAGAGAUGCUGAUUGACUCGAUGCAACAUUUGCAAGCGCUAACAUUGACUCGGGACAGUGAAGCUUUCUCUGUUGAGGAUGAAGCCCCGUCACGCAAGUGCUUGGAACUUGACCCUGUUGAAGAAGAGGAUAAUAUCAACAAAGGUCCACUGACAUGGGACAAUCCACCAAGCACUAAAUCACAGGAAAAAAUAAUAAAUUCUGAAGUAUCACCCAUAAGAACCUUGAGAACCGACAACGAGCACAGUAUGCUGAGUCUUAACAGACCAAGUCGUCCAGCUCAUUCCUAUCUUUUUGGUUCAGAUUAUGUAUCCGUAGAUUCUCUUGGGAAGGUCCUAAUUAUAUCUGUCCCUUUAUUUCCUUUGGAAGAAGUAACAUAUUCUAAGGGUCAAAAUGCUAGCACUAUGGUAUCACUUAAUUGUUUGAAUAAAAGUUCUUGCUGUUGGAAGACUUCAGGCCAAGAGAACAAAGAAUUAACCGCUCAACACAAAUCCUCAAUGGACCUGACAACUUCUGAGGCACGGUACAAAAUAGAUGCCACUCUGGCAAUAUCUAGAUCAUCUAACUUUGUUGCUCAGCAAGAGAAAACAGUGGAUCCAAUGGAAACAAUUCCCGAUACUCCAAUUUUGAAGAGAAAUCUGCCAAAUGAAGAAGAUUAUGCCAGUAAGUCUCUUGAUGUUUCGGGAAUCAAGACAUCCUCUCCGCAGGCUGAUGAGUACAACAAUUUCAAAGAAUCUGAGUUGAGCCCCCGACUAACUAAUAUGAUCCGAAGUGGUAUUGUUCCAGAGUCUCCAAUCAAUGACAACGGUCAGUAUCCAUCCCAAGAGUAA